AUGAAUAAAAUUGUUCUUUAGACAAAGGCAUUUUACAUUCAAGAUUUCCUGAAUGUUAAGGAAACAUGGAGAAAAAGUUAUUUAAUUGCUAUUGUCUUGCUAUUGAUUGAAAAUAUACAACUGGUCUCAAUAUACACAAGCGAUAUAAUUCAAUUUGAAUAUGACUAAUUUUUGAUACAUAUCAGAGGUGUUAUUGACUUCUGUAGAUUCUAUACUAUUUUUGGAAAUUCGAACCUCAUCAAAUCAAUUUUUGUAAUUUUUGGUUUUGUUUUGCAAAGCAUAUUUCUUAUAUUGAUAUUGUAUCCUCUGUUGAACAUCAGAAUAUUUAUACAAAAGAAACAAUAACUCAAAUUUUUAACUUUAGAAUAGGUAUUAUAAUAAUUGAGUUAUUAGUCAGGUGAAUCUAACAAUUCCAGCAGACAUUUGUUGAAUUGGAUCUGCUGCACACCCCAUUUCUGUUUUGUGGUAUUAGUUUACUAACAGAUAUUUUUGAAUCUUGUAUUAAUUUGUAAUUAUUCAGAAAGUUUAAAUUCUUUAGAAUCUGUAGGUUUAAUAUUCAGUAUAUUAUUGAUAACAUAAUAAAUAUUAAUUGGAUUAUUCAUUCACUUACAUUAAUUUGAGUACAGAAUGAAGUCCUAUGACUUUUUGGGGAAAUUUUAAGAUCAGAAAAUGAAUUUCCUGCAGGGAUUUUAAUUAUUGUACAUAUUUUAGAUAGAUAGAAUAUUAGAAUAAUACUAUUAUCUGGAAUACAGCUACAAUCAUUAGUAGUUUAAAUAUUUGGAGUCAUUUGUUAAAUAAUAAGGAUAAUAUAUAGUUACGAUCAAUAAAUUUUUGUAGAUUAUAGAAUAUCUAGAUUCAAUUUCUAAAUUACUAUCUUCUGUUUGA